AUUCGUCGGCGCUGCGUCGAUGGUGCUGUUCGGUCUUCUCUGGCGUUGAGACAAUGUCAUCCGUCAGUUCGACUAAUUCUAAUCCAUCGUCUGAAAGCGUACGGAAAAGGAAGAGGAACAAGUGCCGGUACUGCUGCGUAAAAAACUGCCACAGCCACGAAGGCCAGCCUGGCGUGAAAUUGUACCGAUUUCCUGGCCGCCCGUGGGAGCAAGAACGACGGGAAAGAUGGAUUGUUGCUGUUCGAAGAGUUAACGAGAACGACGGCUCGCCGUGGAUGCCGAAGCAGACAAGCAGGAUCUGCUCCAAACACUUCGUGAACGGCGCAAAAAGCACGAUAGCGACACACCCUGGCUAUCACCCAACUAUUUUCCCGGAUGUUUACAAAGUUCGUCCUGUAAAAUCAACCGACCAGCUGUCGAGGUAUGGAAGGUGGAAGAAAAGAGACGAGGUAAAGUCAGUGGCAACCGGAGAAGGUUGUUGCACCAUUGCCAGUACAGAUACCACACGGGGCAGCCAAGAUACAGAUGCAGACACUGCAGGCCACAAUUACUCUUUGCGUCCGCCUGGCUUGGAGCUGCUCUGCGCUGCUGCUGCAUCACUACAGGAGGCACAAGAAGAUAAGUGGGAACAUGCGACUGAUGGACCUUCAUACGGCACCUUGCCUGGCUAAAAUUUUGCCAGAUGUGCUACCUAAUGUUGCAACGGCAGGGAAGGCUCUGUCAGAGCGGCCUAUCAGGUUUAUCUUUGGCCUUCCAGUAGGGCCUGGGGACAUUAAGUCAGACUAGUUUCCACUGGAGACCUACAGUACCACUGUGACAAGUGCACCUCGCAAGAAUGAGCUGGCAGAUAAAACUGCCCACUCCUAUCUAACGGCAAGGGGAGCGGGCAGCCCCUUGAAUAUAUCCUCCUGAGACCCGAACACAACUAUCGGACAUAAUCACUCUUUAAGAUGGUUUUCAUUGUCUACUGUUAUGUUACGAACUUGAAAAACAAUGUUAAUUAAUAACUUAAACACCACGAUUAGGUGCCAGAAGCCGAGUCUCCUUGUACGUGAAAAAAAUAAGUAUCUUCGUUAUUUCCCCAGGUUUUCUGUGUUAAAAACUGCAUUUCAUUGCUUAAACGCAGAGACGAAUAUGGAAUUACAUGUAGUACAUUGCCAUGUUGCUGCCACGUUUGGUAUUUUCAUGCAAUCUCUGUGGCUUAAAGACACACCUCAAGAUUGCUUUCGACCGCCUGGGACUACACAGAGCUCUAGAUCAAUUCAGUGUCAAAUUUCUCGAAAGUAAAUGACCAGAGUAUGAGUAAACCACUUCUUUACAGUUACACAUGCACUGUACUUCAUACCAAAAAUUAAUAUUUUGCAUAAUCACUCCCGAGUGAAUUUUGAAAAAAAGUUGGAAGGCAAUGAAUGUGCAAUGUAUUGUACAAGGGGUCUUAGGAGGAUUAUAUAGGGCGACACAGGCUCCUCGGACGACUAGCAAACAAGUCGCUUUGGCAGAGUGAGUUUUGAAGACACUGUGUCGUGGUAAGCGUAAAACGACAUUCAACAAGACGAGGUCAGCAGAUCAGCCGUCUCUGGAACAGGAUGCAGCACAUGACGAUGCCGAUCUAGACAAUGGUGUAGAUAAAUUUAGAUACAGGAAUGUGCGUGCGGCAGUGCAUGGUAGCUUUCUAUACUUUUAUUUAUGCUACCUUUGAUAGGCACAUGUAUAUCUAUCGUGUGUUUGCGCAAUAAAAGUUUUAUUGCGAGU